AUGGGGAAACCUCAACAAGUGAAGACAGAUAAUGGACCUGCCUAUACAGGAAGGAACCGGAAGUGGAAAGCAGUCGUUUGGAGUCCCACCCAACGAGGGGUAGAAGCUACUGAGGGUCAAGACAAUCUCAUCUACUGGAUCAAGGACAACCCGGAGCCAGUGGUCUUCCGACUGUGCUGCGAAGGGGUGCAGGUGAAGCUGAGGGUCAGCCCCCAGGAGCUGCAUUUCAACAAGCUGCUUCUGCACAGGACUGACACCCAGACCCUGGUCCUGAGAAACGACAGCCCACUGCCCAUGGCAUGGCAUCUCAGUGGGCUGGACGACCUUGGUGAACACUUUUCUGUAUCGCAAGGUGGGGGCAUCGUUGGGCCCCGCACAGACUUUGAGGUGAAGUUGGAUUUCAAGGCCGAGAAGAUUGGCAUCAUGAAUAAGAUGAUCCGACUAGAGGUUUCAGAUACAGAAAACAUCCUGGGCAUUGUUCAGGCUGAAACCAUCAAAGUUUCUGUGGAGGUCUACGAUGUUAAUCUGAGCAUCAACAUGCCUGAAGGUCCAGAUGGUAGCUUGGAAUUUGGAACCAUUAAUGUCUUGGAUAAUAAGAAGCAAGUCCUGAGCCUGAAGAACAAAGGCUUAUACGACAUUGAGUACAGUUUCAAGCUGACCACUGGAAGUGCCAAAAGGGGCGACUUGGAAUCUCCCUUCACUGUCCAGCUGCAGAGGGCUGUGCUGAAAGCCUCCCGACCACCUGUGAAAGUUGAGGUCCUCUUCCACCCCACGACUGAAGUGUUUCUCGAGAGCAAACCCAUCCUGCUCUGCCAGGUCAUUGAUCUCAAAUGGGGUCAAGGAGGCGAGACCGUUGCCACCAUCCCAGUGAGGGUGUCGGCGAGAGCUGUGUACAGCAAGUACAGCAUCGAGCCUGCCUCGCCCAUUGACUUCGGUGCCAUGGUUCAGGGCACCAAGAAGAGCCAGGUCCUAAUUGUGGAGAACAAAGGUGCUCUUAACUUCAAAUUCCUCAUCCGCCAAGCACCUCCACUGCAAAGUUCACAGCAAGAGGAAUCUGCCCCCUCGAUCAGGGAAAGAAAACGUUCCACACAGGCUCAGCUCACUGUAGGCAUGUUCACCGUGUCCCCUUGCUCUGGCUCCAUUGGUCCUUGGGGCCAGCAGAAGAUCACAGUGGAUUGCAACGCAGGAGCAGAGGGGAAAUGUGAGGAGCAGCUGUACAUUGACAUCAGCAACAGAGACCCCAAGGACAAUCCCCUCGGCAUUCCCUUUACCCUGACUGCCGAGUCCUGCUUCCCAGCACUUGUUGAAGACGUCACAUCCAUCUUUGAGCAGUACCCGAUCCACAGCAAUGUCAAUCUCCGCCAGAUGUUACAGUCGGUGCAAGGCAACGGUGUGUUCAUCAGAGAUGAUAACAAAUUCAUCUUCACCAAAGUUCAGGUUGGGCAACGGGUCACGGCUCGCUUCAAGAUCUCUAAUGGCAGCAGUGUCCCAUGUGACAUGGUCCUCUCCAUCAAAGCCAUGCCUGGAGAGCCUCACAGCCUCAUCAGCGACAUCUUCAAGCUGGAUCCUGUCGAGAUGAGCAUUCCCGGCUUAUCCCACACCUUUGCUACAGUGACCUUCACUCCAGAACAAAAGGAGGACUACCAGUGCACUUUCACAGCUUCCCCUGUUAGCCCAAAAAGUAGCUCCAUGAAGAUGAAACCCCAACAUCUGACCUUCACUAUCAGUGGAGAGGGGCACGUGCCUCAGGUGACAGUCAAGUGCCCGGGCCUUCGGAGUAAGAGGGGAAACCCUGUGCUGCGCUUCAGGAGGCUCCUGCUGGGGGAUUCACAGACACUCCCCCUGGUCCUUUGAAACAAUGGCAUCAUACCCACCCAGUUUAUAGUUCAUAUCAUGGAU